UGUAUUCGGCAAAGAAAUGAAGUGUUAUUUUAAUGGAGUAAUUGAAAGUUGACACGAUGUGUUCGUAUAAUCUUCUGGUUCUUUUAACUGAUCAUUUAAAGUAAUGUAAAUAUUGAUUGUGCAAUCUGUUUCAAUAUUGUAUCAUACAUGCAACUUAUUCGCCCGUCGAAAGGUUUUGGAUCAAGGUCGAAUUGCUGCUGAACAACAUGAAUAUGUUUUGGCGAAAUAACACCACGAGCAAGUUGUUGCUUCUUAGCUUUGCGGUCGGCAUAUUUGUGAUUUUAGAAGUACAAAUCCAGCGUCUACAAACACAAGUUUUACUCCUUAGCAGAGUGCCUGUUGGCCACAGAACAAGCAUCGGCUUUGAAGAGGACAUGAAUGAGAACAACCCAAAAAUUGAAAACCUUGUGAAAGAUGGCGUUGAUGAAUGGCAAUCUGAAGAUGAUGGAGAGGAGGAUAUUGAUGAAACACACUUUUCAAUUGGAACAAGCAAAUUUGAGAUGAAAAUAGACAAAACUAUGCUUGCACCAGCUGGAGAAAGAACAAUCAUCUUCUACAAUCGCGUACCUAAGACAGGCAGUACAAGCUUCAUGGGUGUUUUGUAUGCGCUUUGCACAAAGAAUAGCUUUCAUGUUAUUCACCUCAAUGUGAGCAAGAACAAUCAUGUCAUGGGUAUUGCUGACCAGAUAAGAUUUGCUAAAAAUGUCACCACAUGGACAGCAAAAAUGCCUGCGUUUUACCAUGGCCACCAAUCCUUUAUAGACUUUGGAAAACUUGGUUUUGAAAAGAAGCCAUUGUAUAUAAACAUUGUUAGAAAACCUCUUGAAAGAUUGGUUUCCUACUAUUAUUUCUUACGAAAUGGUGAUGACUUCAGGCCUGGCCUAAAGCGAGCCAGACAAGGAAACCAAGAGAGUUUUGAUGAGUGUAUCAUCAGACGACAUCGAGAUUGUCAAAUGGAACGACUUUGGAUACAGAUACCAUUCUUUUGUGGUCAACAUCCAGACUGCUGGGAGCCUGGUAAUGCUUGGGCGUUGCAAAAAGCAAAAGAAAAUUUAGUCAACAAUUACCUGGUGGUAGGUGUGACUGAAAGGUUAACAGAGUUUGUUGCAGUUAUGGAGGUUGUACUACCAAGAUUUUUUAAAGGAGCAACUAAACGAUUUAUAUUAGGUGGUCGCUCACACUUACGAAAGACAUUCGCUAAGAAAGAACUUAAACCAGAAACAUUAGAAUAUUUUCACAAGUCCAAAGUUUGGCAAAUGGAAUACGAGUUCUAUCUUUUUGCCAACAGGACAUUUACGAGUGUUCUAAAAAGGACGUUUGUUCGAUAUCGCGGGAAAUAUCUUCCAGCAAAAAGAAAAUUUUACUUCGAGAAAAUUCGUCCUCGACCCAAAGAAUCACGAUAGCAGCAGAUCAGGAACUGCGGUUUGUGGAUUCUUAUGACGCAGCAAUGCAUAUCAAAGAAAAUGUUCUAGAUGGCAUUAAGAAUUAAGGUCGUGUUUCUUGAUGAGGUUCUUGCUUGAAAUUAUUUCAAUCAUUUCAAUUCAGUUUUUACACCCUCCCAUGCGCGACCCAAACCACGGUUACUCCCCUCCCCCCUCCCCUAGUCAUGGUGUCACGUUCAACAUGAAGAACUGCGUAAUAGAAACAGUGACACAUAGAGUUACGUU